CAUAACAAUGUUAGUCAUGUGAGGUGAUGUGUACUUGCAAUUCCUGGAGUGAGAGCUGCUACAGACUGGACACUCCCACAUGUAUAAAAAGAGGAAUCAGUGGUGAUUAUUUUUAUCACAUCAGAGGAACUUCUUGGCCACAUUAACAGGAUUAUUCUGUUUUCCUGAGUGACAAUGGUGAAAUAUGAAGUGACUGUAUCCACUGGCAAUCUCAUCGGUGCCACCACUUUUAACAACGUCUUCAUUAAGCUGGUGGGCACAGAUGGGGAGAGUGAACACAAGAUGCUCAUGAGCUUCAAAGGGGCUUCAUCCUUCACCCGAGGAACAGUGUCUAGUUUUACCGUGUCCUGCCCUGUCUCCAUUGGAAAGCUGGUUCUGAUAGAGCUAAACAAAAAGCCUCUUCUGCUGUUCCCUGAGGACUCCUGGUUCCCUGCCAAGGUGGAAGUGAAAUCCCCCGAGGGAGACACGUAUAACUUUCCCAUCUACCGCUGGAUCACUGACAGCGAGGUGCACCGUUUCAGAGAGGGAACAGCUCUGAGAGUCUUUGAAGACAACCAUCAUCUUGGCAGGUACAGUCGGGAGAAGGAGCUGAAGCAGCGAGGGAAAGACUAUCGCUGGGAUGUGUAUGUAGAGGGAAUACCUCACUCCAUAAAGGCAGAAAACCCUCUUUCUCUGCCCUCUGAGGUCCGCUUCUCCUUCACCAAGACUACAGAGUUUUUCUUCACCGCAGUCAAUGGGCUGACUGAGCUGCAACUGAAGGGACUGGCUGAUUGCAAGAAGAACUGGACUGAUAUUGAAGAUAUCAAUCGGGCGUUCAGCUGCAAACGGACUGACAUAUCAGACUAUGUCCACAAACAUUGGAAGGAGGACGCUUUUUUCGGCUACCAGUAUCUAAAUGGUGUCAACCCCAUGUCGAUCUGCCGUUGUACGGCCCUGCCGAAUAACUUUCCUGUCACUGAUGGCAUGGUCUCCCUCCAUGGUCAGCUUAGCUUGGCAGAUGAAAUGAAGAAGGGAAACAUAUUCCUGUGUGACUACAAGCGUUUGGAUGGACUGGAAUCAAACACCAUCAAUGGAAAGAAGCAGUAUUUGAUGGCUCCGCUCGUCCUUUUCCACAAGACACCUGAUGAUAAGCUGAUGCCAAUUGCUAUUCAGCUGAAGCAGACUCCUGCAGUGGACAAUCCCAUCUUUUUUCCCACUGAUUCUGAGUACGACUGGCUGAUGGCCAAGAUCUUUGUGAGAAGUGCAGAUUUCAGCGAGCAUCAACUCAACGCUCACCUGCUGCGCACUCAUCUGCUGGCUGAAGUUUUUGCCGUGUCACUGCUGAGCAACGUGCCCAUGGUGCAUCCACUGUACAAGCUCCUCACACCUCACACUCGCUACACUCUGCAGAUCAACUACUUGGCUCGACGACUUCUAAUAUCUGAGACUGGUGUUUUCACACAGUUUGCAGCUUCUGGUGGAAAGGCUAUGAUCACAAUCCUGAAGAGAUCACUGUCCUCAAUGACCUACAGCUCCCUCUGUAUACCAGACGACAUUGCUGAGCGUGGGCUGGAGGCUGUGCCGAACUUCUACUACAGGGAUGAUGGACUCAAGCUUUGGGAUAUCAUCCACAGGUUUGUGCAGGGAGUGCUCAGCUACUACUACAAGAAUGACGCUGAGGUCCAGCAAGACUCCGAACUGCAGAAGUGGAUUUUGGACAUUUUUGAAUAUGGGUUCCUUUCCCAAGCAUCCACAGGAAUUCCACAGAGAUUUACCACCGUGGUAGAGUUGGUCAAGUUUGUCACCAUGGUGAUCUUCACUUGCUCAGCACAGCAUGCGGCCGUAAAUUCUGGACAGUAUGACUAUGGUGGCUGGAUGCCCAACACUCCCAUCUCCCUGCAACUUCCUCCACCGACCACAAAGGGGACAACAAGCGAGGCCACGAUGCUGCAGACAUUCCCUGAUGUCAACACGACAGCAGGAAUGGCCACCAUGUGGCUACUCAGCCAGCAGUCCUCUGACUUUGUCCCACUUGGCCACUACCCAGAGGACCAUUUCAGUGAGAAGAUUCCCUUCAAGCUGAUAAAGGAUUUUCAAGGAGAGCUUGAAGUGUUAAGUGUAGCCAUUAAAGUCAGAAACAAGAGCCUGGAAGUCCCAUACACGUACCUGGAUCCAACAGCGGUAGAAAAUAGUGUGGCCAUUUGAGUAUCAGAAGAUGUGACCUCCUCAGUUGUUGGCCAAAUUCAGCUUCAUAUUGACAAAAGUGAGAAAGUGAAGAGAAAGGAACUGCAUGCUCUGUUUUUAACUGAUUCUAUAGUACAAGGAAAUUACUGCAUGUGAUCAUUGUAUGCUGAUAUGUGACUUUUAUACAGCCUACUUGGUUUAACUGUGGUUAAAAUGUACUGUUUUAAAUCAUAUUCCGCAUCAUUAAAUACAAAGGGCAUCCUAUCAAAAGAAAUUACAAAUGUAAAAUUCAAAAUGUGAAGCUGCAGCAUUGAGAAGUUUCUCAUAAACACAUGUAUCUUUCAUGAACAAUGAACAUGUGACAAUUUGCUCUAGUCUGAUGUCAUUGGACUAUAUUUUAUUUUCUGUCUCAACAUAAGAAUGAAUGAAUCAGUUACGUUUUUCUGGGACAACUAUACAGUAUGUGUGUUGCAUAGCAGUUUUGCACUGAUAAAUUGCGCUACAGCUCAAUCUGUAUGUGUGUUUGUUCUGUGCCAGUGCAGAACAGAACAGUAUUAUAUAUUUUUGUGACAAACUGAAAAUGAUUUCAUUGCAUUGAAUUGCAUUGUUUUAUUGUUUUAAUUUUCUUUACAUGUUACUGAUGAAAAACAUUCAAUCAAGCAUUUGUCAAUGAACUUCAUGUGCUAUAGAAAUGAAAACAAACUUGCAUACUGUAUGAAUAUAAAAUUAAUGUGGCUGAUUUGUCAUUUAAUAAUCACAGCAAAGCCCUCAAUAAACACAGUGCCAAACAAA